CACAGCCCCCCAGCAGGACAGGAGCCUGGGCAUGGCAGGAUGAGGGGAAGCAGGAGUGCAAGAGGGUAGCAAAGGAAGGUAACAAAUGCAGCUCUCUGGCUCACAACCAAGAGAGAAGAUUGCUUUGGAGAAGAGACAGAGUGUAGUGGAGGGCUGAGAGGUGAAGUGCAGUAAUCUGUAGGGUGUCAUGCAUGAUUAGAUCAGGCGCUGGGGGCCGGGCCGGGAGAGGCGGUGCUGGCAGGCGGGCCGGGCCGGCCGGGCCGAACCUAGCUGAGCCGAGUCCAGCCGAACCCAGCCGAGUGGAGCCGAGCCGAGAGCCGGGCCGAACCCAUCCAAGCCCGUUCCAGCCGCCGGCGGCAGCGCCGGGCGGGGGGCAGCCCGCAGAAUGUCGCCGCUCCGUGUCUGCAUCGUCGGCUCGGGGAACUGGGGGUCAGUCAUAGCAAGAAUCAUUGGUAAAAAUGUCCAGAGUUCCAACAGAUUUGAUCCUAAUGUCAAAAUGUGGGUAUUUGAAGAGAUCAUCAAUGGAAGAAAACUCACAGAAAUAAUAAACCAGGAACAUGAAAAUGUUAAAUAUCUGCCUGGAUACAAGAUACCAAAAAAUGUGGUGGCUGUACCAGACGUGGUCGAAGCAACAAGUGGGUCAGACAUUUUAGUGUUUGUUCUGCCACAUCAGUUCAUUGGACGAGUCUGCGAGCAGAUUGCAGACCAGAUAAAACCUGGGACAUUUGGGAUUUCCCUGAUCAAGGGGAUUGAUGAGGGUCCUGAAGGCCUGAAGCUCAUAUCUGACCUCAUCCGAGAGAAACUGAAAAUAGAAAUGAGUGUGCUGAUGGGGGCCAACAUAGCCAACGAAGUGGCUGAUGAGAAGUUCUGUGAAACCACCGUUGGGUGCAAAAACAAAAAGCAAGGGGAGAUCUUUAAAGAAUUAAUGCAGACCCCCAAUUUCAGGAUUACUGUGGUACUUGACUGUGAUACAGUGGAGAUUUGUGGCGCCUUAAAAAACAUUGUCGCAGUGGGAGCCGGGUUCUGCGACGGGCUGGGUUACGGUGAUAACACCAAGGCAGCAGUCAUACGUUUGGGCCUGAUGGAAAUGGUGGCCUUUUCCAAGAUGUUCUGCAAAGGACAGGUAUCAAUAGCCACUUUCCUGGAAAGCUGUGGCGUGGCUGACCUAAUCACUACCUGCUACGGGGGACGCAACAGAAGAGUAGGAGAAGCCUUUGCUCGCACAGGAAAAUCCCUUGAGGAACUGGAAAAGGAGAUGCUGAAUGGACAAAAGCUGCAGGGUCCCCAGACCUCAGCUGAAGUCUACAAGAUUCUGAAACAGAAAAACAUGCUGGAUAAGUUUCCAUUAUUUACAACCAUCUACAAGAUCUGCUACGAGGGUCAGUCCAUCCAGGAUUUCAUCUCGUGCCUGCAGAACCACCCGGCACACACUUAGACAUCCCCUCUCCUCACCUGGUCAUGUCCUCAUCUUCCCAGGACUUCUGGAAAUAAAUAAAGUAGAGAAACAGGUUGUGUGACACUUGCUGGAAAAGCAACAGAGAAUGUAUUUAGUAUCCUCCUUCUGGGGGCAAAAAUCUGCCUUUAAUUAGGACAUUAAACCCAGGGAACAGGAAAUGAAUGUACAAAUUAACAGUAUUUAAGCAAUGUGGGCAUUUGCCGAGAACUACUUCCUUCUUGAUUGGAAACAGUUCCCCUCGUAAUUUCCCUAAGAAGAGAUAAAUCUAUCCCACAUGAAGCUCAACAUUUUGCCUACUAAUAUUACUUACAGAACAGCACAAGACGCAGAAAAACUGAAGAAAUGGCUCAGAUAAAAAAAGCAGUAGUUAAAAAAGAAAAAGUUGUGGCAGGAAUAAGAUGCAGUCAUGUGGGCAAAUGCUGGGUUUUAAUAAUUCCCCUCAGACACAAGUAACAUUUUAUAUUUUGUGAUGUUUAGCCCUUCCUUGAUUUUGUUUCCUAGUGUAAGCCUUUUGGGAAAAUAGGUAUUGUUACUGUAUUCAGACACACAUUAAUGUUCAGCAGUUGUAUAAAUGAAUCAGUUUAUGGGGUGGGGGAGAAAUAAGGGGUUUUGGGGUGUUUUUUUCUUUUGUUUGUUUUAACUUCAGGACACGAGGAAUCCUCAGUAGUACUUUGACCUUUGUCAUACUUACCAUACUCUGUUGAAAAAACCCCCAAUAUUUGAAUAACCACAUAAAUUUAUGUUAGUGUCAGGAUCUCCCAGCAAGUCAUAGUCAUUAGUUGGUAGCAGUGGAGAGGGGAAGAAGUGGAGGUUGACAGGGAGGAUGUGUGCAUGGCUCAGCUGGCAGCUGGUGCAACACUCUCAUUUUGAAGACUUAAGUAACAGUGAAAAAAAACCUCUGUGAUACUUGACCAGUUUUUAUACAUGCGUGAAAAUGACCGCUGUAGACGCACAGAAAUCCUGUAAAAUUGCAUUUGAAACCAGGCUGCAUUUUGACUCCUCUGGAACACUCCACUGGACUGACACCAGUGCAGCUCCUACAUCUUCCCAGACCUGAUCCCACUGCAGUGUAACACAUGUCACACCCUGGAAAAGAGAGCUCUCUCUCUACUUCUGAAUUUUAAACACAAACUGGUUCAUAUACUGGUUUGGGUUUUUUUUUGGUUGGUUGUUUUUGGUGUUUUUUGUUUUUUUUUUUAAUAUUUUGCUACCAGUGGCAUUAAUUCUAGAAACAUAACAUUUUUUAAAAUCUUGGGUAACUUUACAUACUUGAUGUAUUUUCAGAGUUAAAGCCAUCUAUGAAACGAACAGUGGCACAUUUUUAAAAGCUUUAAUACCCUUUUGAAAGACUCCUAUUUAGAGACAGGCAAACAAAAAGGAGGAGUAACCUACUUUUGCUUUGCUUUAUCUGAUUUUCUGAAAUAGCAGAGGAAGGCAAGUGGUUUUUUAAUCUCUCUAUGUAUUUGCUGACAUUGCUUAGGGAAAAAGCUAGAUUAUAAAAUCGUCUCUGCUCUGCAUUUUAGAGAAAUGUUAUGUCUUUCACAUUUAUCAGAGUAAUAUAUAUAUCUGUAUAUAUAUAUGAAUGUAUUACUUGCAAUUAUAAAGAGAUUGUAAGAAUCAAAGUAAAGAGAUUGUAAGAAUCAAAGUAUUUCAGCAAGCAAGGCUGGCUGGGUACCAGAAAGAGUGGCUGCAGCAUCACUCAUCCUUGUGGAACAGCAGCAAAGGUGGCUCAGCUCCCCCAGCUCCCAGUCUGGUCACAGCUGACAGCUUGGGGCUCCACAGGGCAACGCCAACAUUCCUCCAGCUGAAAUAGGAAUUGUGAGGCCAAAUCCUUUACAAAAAAACAGGGAAUUACAAAUCUUCCAUUUUGAGUGGAAGAAGACUUAAAAUAUUGCAUAAUUUGUAAAUAUUGAAUACACGAGGAUGGGGUAGAGAAUUAAGGAACCUCCUUACUUCACCAGCAGGCUGAACUUCUGAUAAGUCGAGUAUGAGGUAAUAAUAAUACAGAAUAUUUUACAGUCAAAGUGUAUCAAAUAACAGUUUAAUAAAGUGAUCAAUAUGCAGACUUGAUGUAAUUUCAUUUUUCAAAAUUCUCAAAAUAAAUUACUGUUGUAAUCGUG